UGACCCGUGCCGGCUGCUUCUUCUCAUGUACGGGGGACAGGUGGCGGCAGCACCGGGGACGGGAUGGCAGAGGACGAGCUGGCCUCAAUGCUUCACCGGCGCCUGCGGAUGGAGGACCCGGCGGAGGGGGAGCGGGAGCCGCCGCACAGGAGGGUCUUCAACCCCUACACAGAGUUCAAGGAGUUCAGCAGGAAGCAGAUCAAGGACAUGGAGGAGAUGUUCAGGCGAUACGAUGCGGGGAAGGACGGCUUCAUAGAUCUCAUGGAGCUGAAGCGGAUGAUGGAGAAACUCGGAGCCCCGCAAACCCACCUGGGCCUUAAGGACAUGAUUAAAGAAGUGGAUGAAGAUUUCGAUGGAAAACUGAGCUUCAGGGAGUUCCUUUUAAUUUUCCGCAAAGCUGCAGCGGGGGAGCUGGAGGAGGACAGCGGAUUGCACGCUCUUGCACGACUCUCGGAAAUUGAUGUUUCUAUUGAGGGUGUGAAAGGCGCAAAGAGCUUCUUUGAAGCAAAGGUACAGGCCAUCAACCAUGGCAGCCGAUUCGAGCAGGAGAUCAGGGCCGAACAAGAGGAGAAGAAGAGACAAGCAGAAGUGAAGGAGCAGAGGAAGGCUGCAUUCAAAGAGCUACAGUCCAACUUCAAGCCAUAACACAGAGUAUUUUCAUAGCAUGCAGAGAGAAAUCUAUAUCUAUAUAUAUAUAUAUAUAUAUACACCCGCAGGGUGUACAGACUCUUGUUCUUCCGCUGUUGCUGGAUUACAACUCCUAAGCAUGUUCUACCAGCCAAGGGUUACACGUAGGGGUUCACCAAUACCUGAAGAGCCAAGAUUACACAUUCCUGCUGUUAAAUAUUUGCAAAAAAAAAAAGAAGAAAAAAAAAGAGAUUAUCUAAUUUAUUGCUUAAGGUUAAAUGGACCAAUAAAGUGAAUCAUUUUCCUAGUGAUUUCCAUUUUUACGUUGCAGACGCAGUAUUUUUUUACAUCAGUAUAUCACAGUUUUUUUGUGAAAUGUCUUAAUAAAAAUUUUAAUUCAUGGCA